CAAAGCGGAAGAAAAAGGUGACCCAACCCGGAACCAGUGAGAGUCCCGUGGCGAAAGUACAAACAAGGCACCUUUUGGAGGGGCUGGCUGGGCUCGAACCUGGUAUUUUCCGGCUAGGAAAUGGCAGCAGCCAGGGCUAGCCUGGGCCGGAUCCUCCCAGAGUCCUCCGUCCUGUUCCUAUGUGACCUGCAGGAGAAGUUUCGCCCCAGCAUAGCCUACUUCCCACAGAUUGUGUCGGUGGCGGCUCGAAUGCUUAAGGUGGCCCGGCUGAUGGACGUCCCUGUCCUGCUGACCGAGCAGUACCCACAGGGCCUGGGCCCCACAGUUCCCGAGCUGGGCGCUCAGGGCAUUCGGCCAGUAAGUAAGACGUGCUUCAGCAUGGUUCCCGCCUUACAGCAGGAGCUGGAUGGCUGGCCCCAGCUGAGGUCUGUGCUGCUCUGUGGCAUUGAGACCCACGUCUGCGUCUUGAACACGGCCCUGGACCUCCUAGACAGAGGACUACAUGUCCAUGCGGUGGUGGACGCCUGCUCUUCUAGAAGCCAGGUGGACCGGCUGGCGGCGUUGGCCCGCAUGAAGCAGAGUGGCGCUUUCCUCUCCACCAGCGAGUCACUCAUUUUGCAGCUUGUGAGGGAUGCCGCCCACCCCCGGUUCAAGGAGAUCCAGAAGAUCAUUAAGGAGCCAGUCCCAGACAGUGGGCUGCUGGGUCUCUUCCAAGGCCAGAGCCCCCUCUCACUGAACUCCAGGCCCUGACCGAGGUGGGAAUGUUACUCCAGCAUUGCUGGGAGGAAGCAUUUUUCCUCACCUCUGAAUCCCAAGAGGUCCCACCCUGUGGGAGAGGAGGGGUGUUCUGCUUCCUGGUUGAACAGCUGGUCCUGGAAAUGGAAAUGAGACUUCUGGGUGCUGGAAGUGGGGGCAGGGGUUUGACAGAGGAGACAUGGAGGGGGCUCUGCUCAGGUCUACCUCAUGAGCAAAGGGCAAAAAAGUGUGACAGACCGGGAUCCAGACUCCAAAUAAACAUUGAUGUGGCUGUGGA